AUGCGGAUCCAGAUUUUGAGCGACAUCCACCUCGAGAUGGAGAGGCCGGGGAGUGCCCCCGGCCAGGAAUUCUAUCACUAUGAUAUCCCAGUCUGUGCAGAACACCUCGCCCUUCUGGGCGACAUCGGCUGGACAGUCGACGAAAGGCUGUUCGAGUGGCUCAGAGCGCAGCUGCGGUUGUUCAAGACUAUCUACUACGUUGCAGGAAACCAUGAGCCGUACAGGUCUUCCAUUGAUGAGUCUAAUCAAAGACUCAGUGCUUUUGCCCAAGAGUGCGAGGCAGACCCCACACUAGGCGACUUCAUCUUCCUCAACCGCACGCGGCACGACGUCUCCCCGACAUUAACGAUCCUCGGCUGCACGCUCUGGUCCGCGCUGAACCCGGGGGACCUAGACAUCCUUUCAUGGUCCCUCACCGACUUCCGGCGGAUCACGUCCUUCGACCCGGAAAAGUACGUCGCGCUGCACACCGCGGAACUCGCAUGGCUGAGCGCGACGGUCGCGGCGAUCGCGCUCGACGAGCCAGAGCGCGCGAUCGUCGUGUUCACGCACCACGCACCGACGAUCGAGGGCACGGGUGACCCCAAGUAUAUCGGUCAGCCGACCAACUCUGCAUUUGCGACGGAGCUCUCCGGGGAGGACGUUUGGACGCGCGAGUGCGUCAAGCUGUGGGCGUUCGGGCACACCCACUGGAGCUGCGACUUCGAGAGGGCGGACAUUAGGGUGUACAGUAACCAGCGGGGGUACGCACAGGGCGGCUCGCACUACGACCCGAGUAAGGUGGUGGAUAUCUGA